UAGCCACUGCCGGCUAUAUAAAGAGAAACACAGAAAAGCUACCAGUCAGUUAAUUAUUUGAAAAAAAUGUUUUGUUAUUUGUUUGUUGAACUUUGUCUGCUAUUCCUGUUAUUCAACGGUUGUGAAGCAGCACGGAAAUGGGAAUAUGAACCCCUAUCUCUGGACACCUUUUCUUCGGAUCCGAAACUAAUAAAAAUUGACGCACAGAUCGUUCGAAUGGGGAGGGCGGAUUUCGGACUGACUGGAACUGCCGAGUGGAAUUACGAUACGACCGACGAAACUAUGGUCGAAGUUAUUGCCUUUCGUAGCAGUUCGGGAGAUGAGAGCGACUACAAGAUGCUCCCUUGGGCGGUUCCCAAACAACCCUUUUACGACUAUCUCAACACCUACUAUAAGGAUAUGUUUAUGAAGGACUUUGUCUCCUGCAGCAAUUUGCCACAGUUUGAGGACAAAUUUGAACCGCCCUGGCUUAAACAGAAAUAUUACGCUGAAAAAUGUAUCAUUAAUGGCGAAGGGCUACCGGAUAUGGUACCGCUCGGAUACUACAAGCUCAUAUUUAAUUGUACCGGACCAGAUCAGCCCUCUUGGAGCUUUGUUGCUGUCGUAAAAUUAACAAGCAAAAUGUUUUAAAUCAAGGGAAACCGUCAAAAAUAAAGAAACAAUUUUAUAAGAA